CUGCGAUUUUCGAAGGCCUGAACUAUUCUCACACACCUAGGUAUAUUGCGAGUGCCUAGGUAAGGCAUUGGUAUCGUCUACUCAUGACUCACCAAUAGAACGUACCAACUGGCAAGACUUGCGUCAUAUUGCUUAGGGUUCGAAAUCUGUAAUCGUUGAUCCACAGACAUUUCACGAUUCAACAAUAAUCUCUCUCUCGAUCAGUGGCCAGCGACUGCAUUAUCUGCCCCGGUUUGCAUAUCUAGGUAGAGUCCAUAUCAGACCGCGCCCGUUGCUGCAGUGCAUGCGGUCAAUUGCCUUCGACGAGGCGUAGAUUCAUACAAGAACGCCAUCCUGGCGCUGGUUCUUCUGGUCAGCAAAAAAAUCUGGCCCCAGCUGCACAUACACACAAAAUGCCGCCCUCUACAUGCCAGAUAUGCUCAGUAGCUCGCGCUCAGAUCCUUCGUCCCAAGAAUCACGCUAAAAUAUGUGCGCCUUGUUUCAUCAAGCUAUUUGAAGAUGAGGUUGCCGAGACAGUGGAGGCAUCCGAACUUUUCCAGCCCGGAGAGAGAGUGGCGAUCGGCGCCUCUGGCGGCAAGGACAGCACUGUCCUAGCUUCAGUCCUGAAGACAUUGAAUGAACGGCACGCGUGGAAUCUCGACCUGGUCUUGCUGUCUAUAGAUGAAGGCAUCCAGGGCUACCGAGAUCAUAGUCUGGAAGCUGUCAAGAGGAAUAGUGCUGAGCUCGGGCUUCCACUGAAAAUUGUCAGCUAUCAGGAAUUGUACGGCUGGUCGAUGGAUCAAGUCGUUGCACAAGUGGGAAAGAAGGGCAAUUGCACAUACUGCGGAGUCUUCAGACGGCAAGCUCUGGAUCGCGGUGCCGCUAUGCUUGGAGUCGGCCACGUCGUGACCGGUCAUAAUGCAGAUGAUGUUGCUGAAACUGUUUUAAUGAACUUGCUUCGAGGCGAUCUACCACGACUGAGUCGUGCAACAAGCAUUGUGACUAGCACUCCGUCCGCGACCAUGAGUGAUCAGAGUCAUGGCAAACGAGACGAAGAGAACAAGGCCGUUACAUUCACCAACAUCAAGCGCUCUAAACCCUUGAUGUUCGCAUAUGAAAAGGAGAUUGUCCUCUAUGCGCACCAUAAGAAACUGGAUUACUUUAGUACCGAGUGCAUAUACAGUCCAGAGGCGUUCCGGGGUUCAGCCAGAACACUCAUCAAAAGCCUUGAGCGCAUUCGGCCAGAAAGCAUUCUGGAUGUCGUUCGCUCUGGCAAGGAUAUGGCCAAAUUGGUCCCAAACGCAAAUAACAGCAAUGGUAAAGUAUGUGGCGCCGACCAGGAUCUCGCAGCGAAGGGAGCUGAAGACGAAGUGGCCGGUGGAUGUGGUACUGCGAACGGCAAAUCUAGCGGCGGCGAAAUGGCCGCGAUGGAGCAAAAGCUACGUCGAGAUGAAUUUGCCGAAGAACAGGGAACUGAGACUGAGAUCACUGGGUCUGGCGUAGUUGCACGAAAAGACGAUGCGCCCAUUCAGAACCCGAGUAAAAAGAUGGCAUCUAAUCCAUUGCAGUCGGACCAAGUAAAAGACUCAGGAAGAGGGACAGGUCGACAAAGCCUUCCCAUGAGACAAAAGCUCGGUCAAUGUGAGCGCUGCGGCUACUUGUCUUCGCAAGCCAUUUGCAAAGCAUGUGUCCUGCUUGAAGGUCUCAAUAAGGCACGACCUAGGACGGAUAUUGAGCUCACAGAAGCAGCUGGCUAGUACUUUGCACGUUCCCGAACACUCGUCGAAGUCAAACAUCGCGCAUGCGAGCGGCCGACCUCAGCUUGCUCCAUUCUGCUUUUGGGCCAACAUGUUCGAUAUCUGUGUCUAUUCACAAAGAUCGAACUUCAGUACAGGAGAAAAGUCUCGGAUGCUCGAGGGAACCGUCAGCUCUUCCCAACACCGAUGUUGUCUCUCACUACAGCAGCGACGUCGCGCAUUGUUGUCGGAUAUGCUCAAAGCUUCCUUAGUCAACCCUUUGUGGCCCCCGAGGUCAGGAAAUUUAUCAUGAAAAGCCCCAUAUCUUUGGUGGACACGCCGUAACAAAGGAGAGAGUGAAGUGGAGCCACGUCCUUCGCCAAGGCUACCUCUGCUUCGCCGAACAGUCC